GCUGACGUCACCCGAUUUGAGCGUUACUUGGGAAAGACUGCAUUAAUUCGCCGAGCGGACUCCGAAAGGGAGAGCCAGUGAUGGCUUCGCUCGGGCAGGACCGACGUUACGGGCUGUCGUGCGGGAAAAACAGCAAUAGCAAACUCGGACCCAACCGGACACUUUACCACGUCAAGCUCACCGACACCGCCAUUCGAGCGCUGGAGGCUUACCAGAACCUCAAGGCUAAUUUACCAAGUGAGCCGACUAUCUGUUUCGAGGGCAGUCAAGGGUACAUUAAGCUCCCAGCUCCCACAGCAGAAUCGCCAAAUGCGCUUCGGGUCUUCUCCUUCUAUUUAUCCAGCGACUGUAAAGACCAGCCGCAGGCCAGCUUUGACUGCAUCCAUCAGUAUGUUUCAAGUGACGGGCGCCAGCAGCUGGAAGGGCAAGGAGUCAUCCAGGACAAGAUCACCGUGUGCGCCACCGAGGACUCCUACCAGAUGACACGCGAGAGGAUGUCUCAGGUGGAGAAGGAUAGCUGGAGCCGUUCGGCCAUUGAGAUAAAACCCGGAGCCACGCAUCCCAGUAAAAGCGUCAAGAUCCAUAAGAGGCCGCCCAUUGUGUCCGCGUCGGACGGCAGCUUCUGUAAACCUCCUGCGCCUAGCCGCUGGAGCGGCAGCAUGGCCUCGGUCCACCAGAAGCCCCUCAGGGAGCGCAUCAUUCAUCUACUGGCUCUCAAGUCCUACAGGAAGCCGGAGCUCCUGCUGUGGCUGGAGAGAGAACGGGUCGGUCCCAAGGACAAGGCAGAGCUCGGAGCUAUAUUGGAAGAGGUGGCAAAAGUGAACCCCAAAGAUAGCAGCUACCUCCUGAGAGACGACUUCUACAAGUACGUGCGGAGAGACUGGCCUGGCUACAGCGAGGAGGAGCGACAGCUUGUUAGCAGGUUGUUGUUGAGGAAGUCUCAACCCCCCGCGCACGGCCACUCGAGGAAUCCUCAAGCCGAUGAAUCUUUUGGGAAACCAUCCGGGGAUAGAAUGCCGCUGCAGCACAGUCUGACAAAAAACCCACUCGUGAAACGCCCCGUGCCUACGCACAGUCUACACCCUCUUGCAGCAAAGAGACAAAGGCAAAAUGAUCACAGGACGCCGCAGCAGCCAGUCACCAACGGACUUUUAAACAAUAAGGGAGCACCUGUCGCCGAGCCUCUUAGUUUCCACGCCAAACCUGAUUUCCAAAGGACUAAUCAUAAUUCAGGGAGCUAUGUCGGAGACCACCAGCACGCUUCCCUUUUAGCGCUUAACGUGUCAAGCACCGCAGACGUACCGGUGACUGAUCAGCACAGAACCAAAGCGACGAGCCCCGAGCCACCUCGGGCUGAGUCGCUCUGCGCUCAACAGCAACAGAAGAAGAAAAAAUCCAAAAAGCAUAAAGACAAGGAGCGGGAAAAGUUGAAAGACCACCAGGACAAAAGGUGGUCAGAGGACAGUCCGGAUCUCAAGCACGACCAGGACAAACUUGGAAAUUGUGACAUUACUAAUGACAUUGACUUGGUGGAGAAACCGGAUUAUGUGAGCGCCUAUGUCAGGAUCACAAGCGUAGAACAACGUCAGCGGUACCAGGAAGAUUUCAACGCAGAGUACGACGAGUAUAAAGACCUGCACACCCGAAUCGCCACCAUCACUCACAUGUUUGUUCAGCUCGCGUCCAAGAUCAAAAGCAUGUCGCCCGGCACUAAAGAACACAAGGUGAUGGAAGAUCAAAUUUUAGAAAAAUACAACAAGUAUCGAAAAAAAUUUCCGGGUUACCAGGAAGAGAAGAAGCGCUGUGAAUAUCUGCACCAGAAACUGUCGUUCAUCAAGCAGCUCAUCGUGGACUACGACGUCUCUCAGGGCUCCUCGUAGCGCCGGCUCUCCCUUUGCGUUGGAUUUGUGCAACGGAGGGAUUUUCAUGAACAAUGUUAGGUCCACGAGCAUUUUUUUUUCUCUCACAAACCGGUCCAAGAAGAAAUAUGUUCGACUCAGCAAAAACAUCCAUCAGGAACACUGGAAGCUAUGUUAAUGGUAACCAGAAGCGCCUGUUCGAUUUAUCAAUACACAUUAGAGUUGCCUCCUUUGAAAUGUUCCACGAAAGCCUUCUGGUCUGCUGCUUUGCUAGUGCCUCAUCUCUUCUGCUCUUUUUAUAAUUUCUUUUUUUUUUUGGGACGGAAAGCAAAAUGUUAUAUUUGUAUAGUUACAAGCCCUUCAUCUCUAUCAACUCUACUGUUUAAUUGCAGCGUUUUUUUUAUGCCCCCCGAAAUGCACUUGUUUAAUUCAAGGGCUGUGGAACAUUUUCAGCUUUGUAUAAAGUCCUCCAUCUUAAAUUCAUGAAAAUAUAUGAUGCAAAGAUCAAAUGUUUAUUAUUA